CGGAACCUGAAGACAGCUUGCAGAACUCGGUGAUGAGAAAAGGCACAGUGCAUCCAACCUGACCCAUAAAAAAGAAACAAUUUCAAAGAAGUCAAAAACACGGCUUCUAAAAAAAUCCCUAAUCGACCAGCUGCCUGCUACCACAUAGAAAGAUGCGGGGUUCUCUGUCGAGAAGUUUCCCUUGGCGUCUCGUCCUCGAUUCGUCUCGCUGCAACAUCGGAUUAGCAACCUCUUCUUCUAGAGCUUUUACAAUGUCAUGUCACCACCUUCGCUUGCUGCUGAUUCUGCAUAUCCCUCAAUACUCACCAGGCUCUACUCUUCCGAGAGGCCGAAGAUCCAUUCGCUUCUUCCUCCAGUAGAAGAAGAGUUGAAAGGCGAAAAGUACCAAGCUCCACUGACUGAUCACCAAAACAGAGGUCGGGGGGAUCAAUUCAAAAUAUUAUCCGAUGUCUCUUUCUGUUUCGAGUGGAAUUAUAUUGCUUUUUUUUUCGAUUUUGAUUCGGAGUUUGAGAUUUUGUAUCUUACUUGGGUUUUAGAGUUGAAGGACUUGUUUGAGAGUUAGCGGAAAGGUGAAGAGAGCCUAGGUCCUCUGAUCAUGGGAGAUGGAGGAAGAAUUUCGUUUGUAUUCUGACUGGCUAUAAAGGCAAGGAUCUCUCUCUAAUGCUGCAAUUUCCUCACUGAACGACAAUCAACUAAGGUACAUUCAGAUCAGCUCCUGGAGGUGCAUCUUCUUUGGGCGG